CAAAGGAGCAGAUUCCUCUUCCCUGGCUCCUGCAGAAACCUGCUCCCCCCCCGACUGAACGUCUCCUCUUCAGAAGAAGCCAUGGCUGAGGGGAGCUGCUUCGGUGCGUUGUAGCUGUUUGGGAUGACCAGGGCUGAACAUCGCGUCACAGAGGGAGAGGGACACAGUGAAGAAGAAAGACUCGCUGGAGGAGGGACAACAUCUGCUGGGAGAGGAUAAGAUCAGCAGCCCAUCUGGAUCUGAACAGGGAACCUACUGGACCUCUCUCUGUGGAAGGAAAGGAAUUUCCCUCACUUCUGAGGAGCUGUAACAGACUUUCAACUUUUCUUUUCUCAAUCACUGGUUGUGACCGUUUCCAAGAGGGACGAGCGUCAUGUGCCAUGUCAUCGUAACGUGCCGCUCCAUGCUCUGGACACUGCUCAGCAUCGUGGUGGCCUUUGCUGAGCUCAUCGCCUUCAUGAGUCCUGAUUGGCUGCUGGGAUUCCCCCGCUCGGACUCCGAUGUGAGUGGUGAGGGAGUGGAUACCGGGGAGUACCGGCCGUCGCUCGGCCUCUACAGCCGCUGCCUGCAGGUCGGGGCUCGGGGGGUAGGGGUGAGCUGUGGGCCGUACGCCGGGACGUUUGGGGAAGUGGCCAGUGGCUUCUGGAAGGCGGCCAUGUUGUUUCUGGCCGCUGGGACAUUGGUGCUGGGCUGCGUGGCCUGUAUCUCCAUCUUCAGCUUGUGUUUCCAGAGCAUCCUGAAGAAAAGCAUAUUCAACAUCUGUGGGCUGCUCCAGGCUAUCGCAGGCCUGCUGCUGAUGGUGGGACUCAUGCUGUACCCUGCCGGCUGGGGUUCAGAGAAGGUCAUCGGCUACUGUGGCCCCGAGGCCUCGCCCUUCAGGCCGGCUCUGUGCUCGCUCGGCUGGGCGUUCUACGCGGCGAUAGGAGGAACGCUGGCGACCUUCCUGUGCUCGGUUCUGUCCGCGCAGGCCGAGGUCGCCACCUCCAGCGAUAAGGUUCAGGAGGAGAUCGAGGAGGGGAAGAGUCUGAUAUGUCUGCUCUGAGCCUCAAGGGACGUUGUGAUUUUCUUCACGAAUCAGCUGAUUGAUAAAGAGAAAGGUUUUGUAACAGCUUUUUAAAACAUUAGGUGGUGUACUUACUUGCUGAAGCCCACCUGAGGCCAAGAAACGUCAUCCAUACACUUAUUCUGUGUUUUUUCUUUUUGGGGGUUAUUUUUUACCAAGAUACUGUUUAUUUUUGUAAUAAUUCUUGCCGUAAACAAACCACUGUACUAGGAUAGUAGGAGAUAUGCGUGUGUUGUUGUGGACAGGUUCAACACUGCUGCCAGCGAAACAGUGUGUAGGAUUGUAAAUGUCAUUAAAAUGUUAAUUUACACGGUUCACCUGCAAACCUCAACAAACCACUGAAUACUAGCAGAUGUGCCCACGAAAGUAAAACCCCAACAAUGUGUGUCUGUGUGUGUGUGUCUUUUUGUGCGUGUGUGUGUGAUAGGCGUUCACUGUUGAGGUUUUCCAACUGUCCAAAUGAUCUGAUUCUGCGGCUCAGCAGGACAGUCAGAUUUAAGGGAUUUGCUGACUUCAAAAGACGUUCCUUCGCUUAAAUGGAUUUUUCGUGGCUCUAUCGUAGCUUAAGAACUGGCAGAGUGUGUGCGGAGACUUUCCAUAUGUUUCACU